AUGAAACAUAAACAACUGGAGACCCUGUUGGAUCAAUUAAGAAAUCUUGAACAGAAACAUCAAGCAACACCCGACAAUGAGAUCUAUAAGAAACUGGUAGCGGUUCGGAGAGACAUCCGCACACUCCUACUGGACGAUACCGCUCAAUCCAUGAUCUGGACGAAACGGACUUAUUACGAGAAAUCCAAUAAGACGGACUCACUUCUGGCCCGAACACUGCGACCUAGACAAGAACGAUCCCACAUCACGGCCAUCAAACAUCCGGAUGGAACGACGAAAUCAAGACCAGACGAGAUAGCCAAAGUCUUUGAAGACUUUUACAAAAAACUGUACAACCACACACCAGACGCACACACUCCUGACGGAAGUGAAGAAGACCAUAUUAACAGCUACUUAAAUAACCUCGACCUGCCCAAACUAGGGAGAGACGCG